CCAUGGAGGUUCGAUGCCAUUUGCGCAGCUCCCAGAUUUUGCGUGAGAGAGAAAGCGAAGGAGAGAGAGAGAGGUUUCAGCGCUGAAGACCCUCUCCGUCUCGUCCUCCUCCAUAUAUAAGAGUUUCAAGGACGCAGCCUGAGGCGUACGACUCUCUCUCAUCUCGGCAUUUCACCAUGAUUUCACUCAGUCUCUCCUCGUGUCUGAUCAAGACGAGUUUUCCUGGGAGUUGCACCCUUUUCUCUUCCCGCCAGGCAAAACCAGCUCCAGCUUUCUUAAGGGUAAUCGCCGGCGAGGGACCUAACCAGGUUUUGAUGGAGAAGACUGCAUCUUCCGAGGUCUCCGUCGGUGAAACCACCGUAUCCGGCGGAGUUCAGGACGUCUACGGAGAGGACGCUGCCACCGAGGACUUCCCCGUCACUCCUUGGUCCCUCUCCGUCGCCAGUGGGUACACUCUGUUGCGUGAUCCUCAUCACAACAAGGGGCUUGCCUUCAGCGACAGGGAGAGGGACGCUCACUUUCUGCGCGGUCUUCUCCCCCCCACUGUCAUCUCUCAGGAUCUUCAGGUUAAGAAGUUGAUGCAUAAUCUCCGCCAAUAUCAAAUUCCACUGCAGAGGUACAUGGCUAUGAUGGAUCUCCAGGAGACGAAUGAGAGACUGUUCUACAAGCUUCUCAUAGAGAAUGUUGAAGAGUUACUGCCGGUUGUCUAUACUCCAACGGUAGGCGAAGCCUGCCAGAAGUAUGGCAGCAUUUUCUUGCGUCCACAGGGUCUUUUUAUCAGCUUGAAGGAGAAGGGUAAGAUCCUUGAGGUGCUGAGAAACUGGCCCGAGAAGAACAUCCAGGUCAUUGUUGUUACUGAUGGGGAGCGUAUUUUAGGGUUAGGGGAUCUUGGAUGUCAGGGAAUGGGAAUACCGGUUGGGAAGCUUUCUCUGUAUACAGCACUCGGAGGUGUCCGCCCCUCUGCUUGUCUUCCCGUGACAAUUGAUGUUGGGACAAAUAACGAGAAGCUGUUGAACGAUGAGUUUUACAUAGGGCUUCGCCAAAGGAGAGCUACUGGAGAGGAAUACUCAGAACUUAUACAUGAAUUCAUGACGGCAGUCAAGCAGAACUAUGGUGAGAAAGUUCUCGUUCAGUUUGAAGACUUUGCAAACCAUAAUGCCUUCGAUCUGCUAGCUAAAUAUGGAACAACUCAUCUCGUUUUCAAUGAUGAUAUUCAGGGCACGGCAUCAGUGGUUCUUGCUGGUCUCAUUUCGGCUCUUAAAUUUGUUGGUGGAUCCCUAGCAGAUCAUAGAUUUCUCUUCCUUGGUGCUGGAGAGGCUGGCACCGGAAUAGCUGAACUUAUAGCUCUUGAGAUAUCGAAAAAGUCCAAAAUCCCACUGGAAGAGGCUCGGAAGAAUAUAUGGCUUGUGGAUUCCAAGGGAUUAAUUGUCAGUUCGCGCAAAGAAUCUGUUCAACAUUUCAAAAAGCCCUGGGCUCAUGAUCACGAACCCAUAAAGGAACUUGUUGAUGCUGUGAAGGCAAUCAAGCCAACAGUUCUGAUCGGAACAUCAGGAGUGGGCCGAACAUUCACCCAAGAUGUGGUAGAAGCCAUGUCAGACCUGAAUGAGAAACCUAUCAUUCUUGCUCUUUCAAACCCGACUUCCCAGUCAGAAUGCACUGCAGAAGAGGCCUAUACUUGGAGUCAGGGACGGGCAAUCUUUGCUACCGGGAGCCCAUUUCCCCCUGUAGAGUACAACGGAAAGACGAUUGUGCCUGGACAGGCGAACAAUGCGUACAUCUUCCCGGGGUUUGGACUGGGGUUAAUAAUGUCGGGGACAAUCCGUGUUCAUGAUGACAUGCUUCUGGCGGCGUCGGAAGCGUUGGCUGAGCAGCUGGCAGAGGAGCACUUCGAGAAGGGAAUGAUAUUCCCUCCCUUUAAGAAUAUCAGAAUGAUCUCAGCUCGCAUCGCUGCAAAGGUGGCGUCCAAGGCUUAUGAACUCGGGUUGGCAACGAGGUUGCCUCAGCCGAAAGAUCUGGUGCAAUGCGCGGAGAGCUGUAUGUACAGCCCUUCCUAUCGUAGCUACCGCUGAAUUUAGUAACCCCUGACGUCAUCUUACCUUUCCUUUUCUUUUCUUAGUAUUUUUUUUCUCUCUACCCUUUAGUACACUCGAUUUUUUUUUUUAUACUUUUUAAUGUAAUUUUGACAUUCAAUCUGCGAUGUCUCCUGUACUUGUGUAAGUUUGCUAAAUCUGUGGAAUCUCCCUUCUCCGGGUGAUGGCUCUGAUUCUGGAUUACAUUAAAUAAAUAAAUUGCCCGGAAACACA